AUGAAACCAACAGCCGCAGAGACAUCGGACUCAAAAAGGCGUUUUUUAAAAGCGUGUUGCUGUGCUCACACCUGUCUCCCUCCACCUGCACAGGUUCCGAAGCCGCUGAUGGAGAAGAGACGGCGGGACCGCAUCAACCGCAGCCUGGAGACUUUACGCGUGCUGCUGCUGCACAGCGCGAAGAACGAGAAACUCAGAAAUCCCAAAGUUGAAAAAGCGGAGAUUUUGGAAAGCGUGGUCCAGUUUCUCAAAGCCGAUUUGGAAGGCGGUGACGUCACCAGACAAAAAAGCCAGCGUCGUGAAAGGGAGGAGGAAGAAGAGAUGACGACAACAACCACGAAGCGUGCGUCGCCGUCCCAUCAACCGAACUACCGGGACGGGAUGAUGAAGUGCCUCCUGCGCGUCAGUGACUUCAUCAGCGCCAGGAGUAACCAGCUGAGCGGAGCAGCCCUGCAGAACCGGGACCUCCCGCAGCGGUGGCCGGCGUUGAGCGCCAGUCCCCCCUGUCACCUGCUAGGCGAGACCCGGGUUCAAGAAGCAGUGGGUCCGCCCCCUCGCACAGCUUUGCCCCGUGUGGAACUCGUACCCGCGCACUCUCUGACCCUAAGCAGGGAAAGCGCAUCGCCUUUCGGACAGACCGCAGGUGUUUGCAUGACGUCACAGAACCCGGGUUUCGUCCGGGCGUUCGAGGGCAGCCCCAAAUCGGACACUGCGCGCAGAGCGGAUCCCGCAGCCACGCACAAGCAAGCGACUACGAGCGGGGUCUGGAGGCCCUGGCCGUAACAGGACGCUUAUUGGAACAGACUUAUUUAACAAAUAACGUCACAAAUUGCAAUUUGCACCCCCCC